UCUGAUGUCAGACUAUUAAGUCCCUGUGUCGGUUUCACAGUGUGACAGCAGGCCUGGUGCUGAUGUUAAAAGGUCGAAUGUUAAGGUGGGGAGAAACUGAUCCCGUCCAAUCAGCGCAGACGGAUCCAGGAAGGAAGUAUCACCCAUGCAGGACAGUUGUUGCAAUAAUAUGAAAAGAACUUCCUUAUAUUUCAGUACAUGUGUUUCCUCGUACAAACGGUUCUUUGCUAAACCUGCAAGACGUUCAUUUACAGAAAGUAAGAAGAGUUGAAGAUGGGAUACAUGACUGUAGAGGAGCAUAGCUCCACCUUGCUCCACCUGAAGAGAUCUCCGGGCAUUCGUUCCUGGUCUCUUCUUGUCGGAAUAGCUUCUAUUGGGUUGGCAGCUGCGUACUACAGCUCAGACAGCAUCCCGUGGAAGCUUUUCUACGUGGCAGGCUGCCUGUUUGUAGCCAUGCAGAACAUGGAGGAAUGGGAGGAGGCUGUGUUUGACAAAACCAAGAACCAGAUUGAGCUCAAGACGUUCAGCUUGUAUGCUUUAGUCCUGACGUUAUGGAAGAAGGGGCAAGAGAAAGUUGUGUUGGAUCUGACACAGCUGUGUGACAUCUGCAUCCAGGAAGAGAAGGUUCGCUAUUUGGGGAAGGGCUACCUGCUGAUGCUGCGGCUGGCUGCCGGCUUCUCCUACCCCCUGACUCAGAGUGCCACACUGGGGGAACGCAAUGACGUGGAGGCGUUGGCUGCGUUGCUGAAGCGCUUCCUGGGCCUGGAGGAGCUGCAGCAAAACAGGCAGCAGGAGGAAGAGGCAGAGUACGGAGAGGAGGAGGAGGAAGAUUCUCUGGACAACAGCAGUGAUUCAGAUGGUGAAGAGGACAAACUCUGAUCUCUCUGUGACUUUCAACCCUGCUGCAACUUUGGGUGGAUUGAUUCAGGGGCAUUAUGGCAUUGUUACGGCAUUACAUAGGGGGCAGUUUAAGUGAUACCCUCACUACAUGUUAUACUGUUAGCAUGUGCAUGAAACACCAAGGAUAUAGCCUCUCUCAGUUUCUCCUCACAUACUUCCUUUCUCAGGAGACUAUAGUAAAAUAUUUCUUACUUUAUAUUCAUGUGAACUGGGAUGAAAGUUUCAUCAAAUUAAAUGUUUUGACAUGCAAA